AUGAGUAUAGUGACAGUAAAUCAAGUACCGAACCGCGCCUUCGAUGGGAAUAGUGUUAGUGUUCGAUCUGUGAGAAAAUCAAUCCAAAAAGUGAUUCCAAUUAACGACCUGUCAGAUUUGAAUGGCAAGGCAGGUGGCAAUGGAACACAUGGAACUCCUGGAAGAGAUGGCAGCUUUGGUGAUAACUGUCCGAACGGACAUGAUGGUACUGAUGGGUCAGAUGGUGGGCCCGGUGAACACGGCAGAGAUUCUAAAAAUGCAUCGAUACUAUUACAUGGAACGGUUGAAGAUUUUAACAUAGAAGUAAAAAUAGUUCGAACACUGAAUUGCCCAUCUGAUAGUCAUGUUGAUUGGAACAACAUCAUAUAUGUUCGUAAGGCCAAUUAUAAUUUUCCAUUAGAUGAAUCGCAGGGAAUCGUUCUUAUUAAAGCUAUUGGAGGCAAUGGAGGUAACGGCGGGCAAGGAGGUGAUGGAGGAAAUGGAGGUGCGGGUGGACCAGGUGGUAUAGGCCACGACGGUUUAUCUGGAUUCAAUGCUUAUAGUUUGGGUACACCUGGUAGGGAUGGAGGAUCAGGUGGUAUAGGCCACGACGGUUCAUCUGGAUUCAAUGCUUAUAGUUUUCGUGCACCUGGUUGGGAUGAAGAGGAUCGUGGGAAUGAAGGAAAUGGAAGGAAUGGUGGCGAUGGAGGAGAUGGAGGAAACGGAGGAAAUGGUGGUGAUGGUGGGAAAGGUGGUAAUGCAGGCAACGGUGGUCAUAUUCAAGUUAUAAGUGCAGAUCCGCAACUCUUCAUGUUAAUUGAAAUAGAUUGUCGAGCAGGGCGUAAAGGUAAUGGUGGGGCAGCUGGAAAAGGUGGCUGCUCCGGCUCUGGCGGGUCAGGCGGACUAGGAGGUUGUGGUGGUUGGGGAUGGAAUGCCGCGCCCAUGGGCCUACCUGGUAAAGAUGGUAAAUAUGGCUCUUGUGGUGUCAAUGGGCAUCCAGGCAGUGAUGGUUCUGAUGGGUGUGCUGCAAGCGACGGCUCGGUUGAAUACGUUGUAAUUGAUGCAAACAAUCACAUUUGCCAACGAAGACCUGAUAAAUAUCAUACCAGUGUCGUUGGUUAUACAAUUACAGAUGGCAAUGAAGAUGGAAUCUACAAACCAAACUCAAAUUGCUUUGUUACCGAUGUUGAAUGGAUAAAUAAUGGUGCCAUGAUUUUGCCCGCUGGAGCCAUUUUAUCGUUUCGGUCUACAGACUAUAUAUCUGCUGAUGCAAAUGAUGGCAUUUUGUUGCAAGGUGCUAAUGUUGGUAGUAAUUUGCAUAAUUAUGAUCAAUAUACAUGCCAUAUGAAUAGCAUUCGUGCCACUUCACUCAGUCAACCGUACAUUCAACGUGUACAAUUGGCAUCCCAAAUUCAUCCCCUGAAUCGUAUAUUUAGUGGCAGCGAAGUUUCAACUAAUUUGAUCUGUCAAUAUCCGAUCCAGAUUAAAGAAAUAAAAAUUCCAUUUGUUCUAUGUCCCAAUGAGUUAGCCAUUGCAACGGUCACUUUUACGAAUCUAUCUACAGAAGUAUAUGGGACUUGUCCCAGGUCACUGGGCUCUGUAAAGUGUAGAUUCUCAUUACAUUCUUUCAUUCAAGUGGUGCCUGCGAGUAGAAAUGAGGCAUACGUUUAUCAUAUGACGAUGGAUGGUUGUGGAAUCUUUGAAAUCAAUAAAAUUUUACCAAACUCAACAAAACAGAUACGUUUUGCAAUUAUUUCAAGUGCUGAUACUCAGAAUCUAUACUAUGACAACUUAGUUUGGAAUUUGGAUCUCUUGCUAUGUGACACGGUGAUUGAAAAGCAUCAGAAUAACAUUCGCAUUGUACCAAAAUUUGUGCCAAGUGAGCGUACUGAUAUACUUUUGAUUACAGAUUCAUUGUUUACCCGUGCUGAAUUUCUUGCAUAUCAGAAUCUAUUUCGAUUACUCAAUUAUUCAAGUCGAUAUUGUGAUAUUCAAAAAUAUGGUUCAUUGAAUAAUUCGGAACUGAUAUGGUUGCAUACAGCAAACAUUAUUAUUUUUAUAUACUCGAAUCCGAAAUCAAAAUUCAAUAUGAUUCCACCGCAUCUGCUUUUACAGCAUAUGAAUUCCUCUGAUAAUGCCGGUUUUAUAUGUAUCGGUAACUGCAAAAUUGAUGAGCUGGAUUUCGCUAUAUUCGAUUAUAAGAAUUUAUCAUUUCGUAAUACUAACCAUGAAAAUAAAUCGGAAAUGAUAAACCAUCGUAGGUCGAGAAUAGGAUUUGGGCAGCCUGAUGAUGGCAGGUUAAGUAAAAAAGCGAAUAAGAAAAGAAUGAAAAUUCAACGGCAGUGUGGUGACGAAUUUUUAUAUCAAGUAGUCUAUGAUAAUACAAUAAGUACAGUUUCGCAAUGCCGCUUGGCUACUGCCUAUGAGAAAACUUAUGUAAUUCAAUCCAAAUUAAAUGCUCGAUUCUGUAAUCGAUUAAUCUUGGUUAAUUCUUGUAUGCCAUUCAAAAUGGAAGCGCACUUCAAUGCAAAUCAACAGGCUUAUGUAAAUACAAUGUACAAACCAAAGAGCUAUCAUAAAUCGCAAUCUUCAAAGAUUACUGAAAACGGAAUUGAUUUAAAUUCAAAUUUUGGUAGAUUAUUGUGCGCUUUACUAUGUUGUCAAGGAUUUGAAAGAUCUGUCGCAAUGCUUAGUCAAAAUAGCGAUUUAACCAAGCUCAUGUUUAUAAAAGAUUCUCACCAGCUGAGUUUCAAUCAAAUUCUGGUUAGUCUUGCAAUGUCCACCAUUGAGCGUGAAUACGAUAGAGGAGUUAUGGAAUUUCCAUUAUCAAAACAAAUUUUACAGCAGAUAUUUAAAGCAAUCACAAGAGAAAACAUCGCUAAGAAUGAUACUCGUAAAACGGCUUUGGCCAAUAUCUUAUAUUUACUAAUACAAUCGUUGUCAGGAUAUAUCGAGAGUAAAACUUGCUGUUAUUUUUCUUGGCAUAAUUUAACAAGAGAAAGAAAACAACGACAUCAGUUGAUCGAAAUCUUAAAUGAUCUACGUUCGUUAUCGAAUUAUGAAAUUGGAAGCAACAAAAAUGUGAAUGAGGAAGUCGAAGUUCUACAACUUCAAAAAUUAGCAAACUUAACAUUUCCAAUAACUGAUAAAAGAGACAAUUGUGUUCGAUCAGUUGCAGAAAUUCAAGCAUGGAACGAAGAACAACAAAUGAAUAAGGCACGAUCAUUAAUCGAAGAACAAUCAUGUUUCGAGUUUUUCUAA